AUGAGAAGUAUACAGAAAGCGGCCAAUUUUGGGGAUGCUAAGGCAUUGUAUGAUAGUAUUAAGAAAGCAAUUGGACCAACUGUCAGAAAAACAGUUCCUCUGAAGUCCAAGACAAGUGAAGUCAUAACUGAUGAAGGCAAAAAAAUGGAAUGCUGGGUUGAACACUACCUUAAGUUUAGAGAAAUAGAUUUUCUUGCUAAUGGAAAGGCCCUAGGUGAAGAUGGGAUCCCUGCAGAGGUUAUUAAGUAUAACAAGUCUGUUCUUCUCAAACAUUUAUAUUCACUUAUUACAACCAGCUGGGAAGAAGAUUAUGUCCCGAUGACUCUAGUAUCGAACACAGAGGAUGAGCUGCAGUAUAUAAUCAACAAAUUAUCAAAUGCCUUUGAAAAAUUUGGUCUACUCAUCGACUUUCAAAAGACUAAGAUCAUGGCGCAGAGCACUACCAACUUUCCAUCCAUCAGCAUUGAUGGCAAUCCUCUCCAGGUAUUUGAUAACUUUACCUACUUGGAAUCCACAAUAUGUAGCAACUUGUCCAUGGACACUGAAAUUACUAACAGAAUCGCAAAGGCAUCGUCCGUCAUGGCUAGAUUGAAAAACAGAAUAUGGAACAACGGACUGCUUACCACAAAAACUAAAUUAAAAGUCUACAACGCUUGUGUUAUAAGCACCCUUCUCUAUAGCUGUGAGACAUGGACAACUCUUUCUAGGCAAGAAUCUCGACUCAACAGCUUCCAUCUUUGCUGUCUCCGGAAGAUCCUUCAGAUCUCCUGGGGAGAUAGAGUACCCAACACCGAAGUCUUUCAUCAUGCAAGCACAACCAGCAUCUUUGCACUCCCGAGUCAUCGACGUCUAAGAUGGCUGGGACAUGUCAGGUGCAUGGAUCCUGAACGGAUACUGAAACAACUGCUGUGCGGAGAACUUUAG